GAGUCUCCUUCACCACUCACCUGAGUCCAAAACCUCGCCGUGCCAGAAAUUGCCCUCGGCGACGGCGGAGGUCUAAACAAUUCCAAACACACACCAGUCUGUUCAACUCGAUCCCCUCUCUCAUAAAUUCAAAUCGGUGUUCCCUAAUUCAUAUCCUUCAAUUCAAAUUGAAGCAAGAAAAUAUGAAUCCUAAAAACUAAAGACCAAAAUUAAAUGCUCAAGAGGAGGGAUCAAAGCCUAAAACGUUAAGACUUUGAUUCCUCGACCCUUAUUCUACAUGACGGUAUCAAUAUCAACGUGAAUUGAUGAAGAAAACAAAUGACUCACUUACCAGGCGGAAAUGACCUCGAAGUCGUAGGAUUUGAAGAAGACGAAGCUAAUAAAAUGGAGGAAGAUCAAUGAUAUUCAGGACCUCAUUGCAAUUGACACGUACUGUAAAAUUUCCCCAAAAAAUACACUCACAGACAAAAAAAAAACACAAGGAAAAAAACAAUCAAUAAUAGUAAGAACACAAAGGUACGAGUUUGUUGGCAGAGAUUGGUUUGGUUAACGAACGCUUCAACGGCAAAAUUUCCCGGGCUACAAGGCUUCCUGUCUCUCUCUCUCUUUCAUCUCCAUGCGCGACAAUUCCCAUUUUCUCACUCAUAAUUUCCAUCUCCUCCAAAAGGAUGCGUAAUUGAAGGGGGAAUUGGCAAUAACUGGAGGAGGAGAAGUAGGGAGGGUGUGUGGGUGAGAGUGAUUGGGGUCCUAAGGUGGAAGAUCUGGCUAGGGUUUUCGUUUUUCAUUGGAGAUUGAGGUGAAAUUAAGGAGAAGAUGAGCGCUUCUAGGUUCAUCAAGUGUGUUACUGUUGGGGAUGGAGCUGUGGGUAAAACAUGUUUGCUAAUUUCCUACACAAGCAAUACCUUCCCUACUGAUUACGUGCCAACUGUCUUCGACAAUUUCAGUGCAAAUGUGGUUGUGAAUGGAAGCACUGUUAAUCUGGGAUUGUGGGAUACUGCAGGACAAGAGGAUUAUAACAGAUUAAGACCUUUGAGUUAUCGUGGUGCCGAUGUUUUCAUUCUGGCUUUCUCCCUCAUUAGCAAGGCCAGUUAUGAAAAUGUUUCCAAAAAGUGGAUUCCAGAGUUAAAGCAUUAUGCACCUGGUGUUCCCAUUAUACUGGUUGGCACUAAGCUUGAUCUUCGGGAUGACAAGCAGUUCUUUGUUGACCAUCCUGGUGCUGUGCCCAUUACCACUGCUCAGGGAGAAGAGCUUAGGAAGCUGAUCAAUGCACCUGCUUAUAUUGAAUGCAGUUCGAAAUCACAGCAGAAUGUGAAAGCAGUGUUUGAUGCAGCCAUAAGAGUUGUCCUUCAACCACCUAAGCAAAAGAAAAAGAAGAGUAAAGCACAAAAGGCCUGUUCGAUAUUGUGAUUUGCUAGGUUGGUCUAAAAAUUUGACAACCAUUUCUCCAAUCUGUAAUUCUCUCCUCUUCUUCAUUUUCUUCAUUCCUACGCAGUUGAAGAAGUUGGAGUCUAUGUGGGUGUUCGUUCGUCUAACAUACUCUAGAUCUCCUUGAAGCAUUAAGGUGGUUGAUGCUUUGUUUUUCUUGGAAUUAUUGUGAAUUCUAAUUGUCAAAUUUGCAUUUCAUGGUUCCCACCUUUUUCUUAACUUACGUUUUAUGUAUUAAUAGACUGGAAUGUCCCAGUUAGGAUGACUACCUUGUUUGCUUGAAGAUAUAUAUAAUAUCUAAAUUAUUUUGUA